CAUCGAAGAAAGGGAGACGGUGGAGAAGAUCACCCGGUUUACGUCCGUCAAGGAGCCUCAGACCGCAGGGAGCGAUGCUCAGAAUGAGUCGCUGCGCGGGCAGCAGCACUUAAAAGCUGCGGUCCAGCCACUGGAAGACUUUUAUAUUUACUGUCACCCUUUCUCCUGUGUAUUUCUCAGCCCAUUUGAUAGAAAAUACAGGAGUCCAGGCAGUCGUCGUCCAGUUUGUUCGGCUUUUUGAGUAUCUAGUUUGACGACAGGUGUGUGUUUGGGCACGAUGUGGAAGACCGGAAUCCUGGUGCUGCUGUUGCUGUCGGUGCUCUCGGUGUCUGGCGAACUUCAACAAGAGUCCGAGCCCCGGAGACUCCCACCCCCGGGAAAGUUGGAUUUCGGCUAUGUGCCUGCGGGAGUUUAUGAGACACUCGCCCAUUACGAACCGGGACCCAUCGGAAUUCUGUUUCACUUGGUGCACGCUUUCCUGCAUGCGGUGCAGCCCAACGCUUUCCCCCACGAUCUUAUUGUCAAACUGGCAAAGGACAAGUUUGGAGCCAUUCAGACAGAAUACCAAAAGCCAGAGAACAUAGUGCUGACCCUUCAGGCUAUCUACUACGAGAUAGGCUUCGUAGUAUGUGCAGCAGUGGGGCUUCUGUUCGCCAUUCUGCUGCCGAUAGUCGGGCUCUUCUUCUGCAUGUGCCGCUGCUGUGACAACUGCGGUGGCGAGAUGCACCAACGCCAGAGGAAGAACGCAGACUGCCGGCGUGGUCUGCUGGGAACACUACUCUUCUCCACCUCACUGGUCAUCACGAUUGGAGUGCUGUGUGCAUAUGCUGCCAACCAGAAUCUAAGCUCUCAGGUGAAGAACAUACGACGACUUGUCAACAGUAACAUGAGGGACCUGCACACCUUUGCAAAUGACACACCAAUGCAAAUUGAUUACCUAACAUCCCAAUACGCCACAGCUAAAAACAAAGUCAUCUAUGACCUAGAUAAUAUAGGUCCAUUGUUGGGAGGAAUGAUACAUGAGCAGCUGGAUAAAGAGGUCCACCCUGCCUUGGACCAGGUGCUCAAUAUGGCUGGAGCCAUGCGAGAAACCAAGGAGGCUCUGGAGAAUGUCAGUGUGUCUCUGGUGGUCCUCCAAGAAGGAACGGGGAAACUUAAUUUCAGUCUGAACAAAGUCCGCAGCAGCAUCAACCGCACCCUCAACGACCCCGGCUGUCACGACGAGGAGUCGGAUGCCACCACAGCCCAGCUGUGCCAAAACAUCCGUCAAUCACUAUCACAGCUGCAGAUAAGCGCUAAUUUUACACGGCUAUCCAAUGUGAACCCUCAGCUGGAAAAGGUGAAAGAUGUUGUAAAAACAGACCUCAGCGACAUUGUUCAGAGGGGCUUCUCAUCUUUAAACGACACACCACAUAUGGUGAUUGAACAGACCAGAGGUGUUGUCAACAAUGUGCAGAAUUUGGUGGAUGGCAUUGGGAACAAUAUCAGCAGCUUUUCCAAAGCUUUUCCAGUGCAGAGCUUUCUCUCUAACUUCACCAUCUUCAUUAGCCACGCACAUGCCAAGAUUGAGGACUACUACCCUGAAAUAGACCAAAUUGACUUCUACAGGUGGAUUGGCUGUAUUGCUCUGUGCUGCAUGGUGGUCCUUGUCUUGGCCUUUAACUACCUGGGUCUCCUGUGUGGCACUCUGGGAUAUGACAAGCAUGCCUCACCAACAACACGAGGAUGCAUCUCCAACACAGGAGGAACAAUGUUAAUGGCCGGCGUUGGAUUUAGCUUCAUUUUCUCCUGGGUGCUGAUGGUAGUGGUGACAACCAUCUUCCUUGCUGGAGGAAACAUGGAGAAACUUGUUUGUGAACCUUUCCACACCAAGGACCUCUUCAAGGUUGUGGACACCCCACAUCUGAUCAACCCUGAGUGGAAGAACUUUAUUCCAGGCUACAUGUACAACGACUCUGAACUGGACCUGACGACAGAGAGCUUGUACAGCACUUGUAAACAGAACAAAGGCAUCUACUCUGCCAUGCGCCUGGACAAGGUCUUCAACAUCUCUUCUUUCCUGAACGCCACAGUGUUCACAAAGGAUGUAUUGGGUCACCUGGAGAGCAUUAAGAUCGACCUGAGAGGGAUAAUGCUGUUGGAAGCAGAGGGAAAGCAGAACCUCAGAGAUUUCUCUGAAGCAGGGCUAUCAGAGAUCAACUAUGCCGACUACCUGGAAGAGGUGAAUAAAGGAGUCACUGUAGUAGAUGUGCUCUCAUUUGCCAGAGAACUGGAGUCCCAAACAGACCUCAUGCCCAGGGGCCCUCUGCAGACAGCUCUGAAAAGCCACAUUGGCACUCUGCAGCAGAUCCACAGACAGCAGAUCAUCCCCAUGGAGCAGGCUAUGAAAUAUGUCAGAGCAAGGAGUUCUUUAAACCAGAGCAUGAGGUUCCUGGAGAGAACAGCCUCAGACCUCCCAAACAAAGUCAUAGCUGUUCUUGAUGCCAUUGAAGCUGCUCAGUACCUCAUCUCCCACAAUGCAACGCUCUUAGUCAAUCAGGAAACAAGGAAAUAUACAGCAACCAUUAUUGGCUACUUCCAUCAAUAUAUAGAAUGGGUAAAAACAUCUUUGGCCCUGGAAGUUGCCCCAUGCAAGCCCUUCAGCAACAUUUUGGACACAGCGGAAAUCAUGACCUGUAGUUUCUUAGUGGACUCUAUGAACACUUUCUGGAUGGGCCUGGGCUGCAGCACCCUCUUCCUGCUCCCGAGCAUCAUCCUAGCAGUGAAACUAGCCAAGUACUACCGCAGGAUGGACACCGAGGAUGUUUAUGACGACAAUGAGACAAUUCCCAUGAAAAAUAUGGAAAUUGGUAAUAAUGGUUAUCAUAGUGAGCGCUCACAAGGUAUUCCUAAUCCUAUGAUGACAAGCAUCCCUACCUAUGAUACCAUGAACAGGUUCCCACGGGCCUCGGCUCCUCCGAGGCACAUCGACUGGUGAUGGAGAGCCAGUUCUUGUUCUGGCUCCUGAAAGUGCCCUCGAAAACUGGAACUAAAGUACACCACACUGUUUCACAGUUUUUCAGACUGGAGGGAGCCCACUGAAAGCCUGUUUCCUCACAACAGAUGAAGAUCACAGACAGUCUUGCAGGUGUUUUUUCAACAGUCAACUCAACCUCCUCUAUCAGGCAGAUCACUGCCUUUUGUGCAGUUACUGCCUGAAGGAUAUGAAACACUUCUCCCCUCAGCAUCAAUCUGAGCCAAGCUUUCUUUUCAAAGGACUGCUGUGUCAGCGUUUACAUUUGUUCAGGUACAAAAACCUAGCUUAAAAAAACAAAAAGAAACCAUUCAGAGGACAUGACAUUAACUGUGACAUUUGCUCUUUUCAAUGCUCUUAUUUGUGCUUAAAAACAGAAGCUGAAUGCUUACCUGAAGGUCACGCCAAGCUGAGAGGACUCGUGUUUACCCUCAGCACUUAAAAAAGGAUGUGACACUUUCAGCUUAAGCUAAUUUUAAAGGUGUUACAGCGUGUCAGUACGUCUGUGACCAAAGUUGAAUUUUAAGUGUGUUUUGCUGGAAAUGAAACAUCCUUUUAAGACAAAUUGUGAAAUGGAAGUGUGUUAUCUUAGCCCCUGGUGAUUGUUUGAUCAAACCAGUACCAACACAGACAAAGUUUUGGAGUUUUUGUAAAAAAAAUAAAUAAAUAAAACAAUAAAAAUAAAAAUAAUGAGCAUGAUUUAAAAAAAAAAAUGUUUACAAUAUUAUAGGAAAGUUUGGUUUUGGUGGUUUUUGAUUCACAUUGGAAAUGAUUGGUUGCCUUUGAGAUGCAUUUUCCAGCCCAAUAAUUAAAUAUGUUCCUUUUCAAAACAGAAAAUACCACUGAACACGCUUAAACUGUUGAAAAUUGAGGAAGUGUUUUUGUUGUAGUGUUUUAAAAUGUAUACUUUUAAACUAUGCUAAUAUUCACUUCACCUGUGCCAUCUACAG